CGGCCGCCUGGGACCCGCAGGGCUGUUGUUGCCGCUGCUGCUGCUGCAGAGCGGGGCGCCGCCGCUUCAUCUCCCUGAUAAAAUGCCAAUGCGCGGCUGGAAUCGCUAAUUGGUUUCGAUUCGGCACUGACUUUAUUGCCUCGGAGGGGGUCCGGCCGCGCUGUUUGAUGGAGUGAGAGAGAAAAAAAAUGUCAGUCAGGACUGGCUUUUACAAGCAAGAAUUAAACAAGACGAUAUGGGAAGUGCCGGAGAGAUACCAGAACCUGAGUCCAGUGGGGUCUGGAGCUUACGGGUCCGUCUGCUCUGCCUAUGAUACAAGGUCACGCCAGAAGGUAGCUAUAAAAAAACUAUCAAGACCAUUUCAAUCUCUGAUCCAUGCAAGGAGAACAUACCGGGAGCUGAGACUAUUAAAGCACAUGAAGCAUGAAAAUGUAAUUGGAUUGUUAGACGUCUUUACACCAGCAAUUACACUGGAGAACUUUCGUGAAGUGUAUUUGGUGACCAACCUCAUGGGAGCAGAUUUGAAUAACAUUGUGAAGUGUCAGAAGCUGACGGAUGAUCACGUGCAGUUUCUUGUGUAUCAAUUGCUCAGGGGACUUAAGUAUAUCCAUUCUGCUGGUAUCAUUCACAGAGACCUGAAACCAAGUAAUUUAGCAGUAAAUGAAGAUUGUGAAUUAAGGAUUCUAGAUUUUGGACUCGCUCGGCAGACUGAUGAUGAAAUGACUGGUUACGUGGCAACGAGGUGGUACCGGGCUCCAGAAAUAAUGUUAAACUGGAUGCAUUACAAUCAGACGGUGGAUAUUUGGUCUGUUGGAUGCAUUAUGGCAGAGUUGCUGAAAGGAAAAGCCCUUUUCCCAGGAACUGAUUAUAUUGAUCAACUGAAGCGAAUAAUGGAAGUUGUUGGAACACCCAGUUCAGAGUUACUAAAUAAAAUAUCUUCAGAACAUGCCAGAAAAUAUAUUGAAUCUUUACCAUAUAUGCCUCAAAGAGACCUGAAAGAACUAUUUAAUGGCGACAAUCCUUUAGCUGUAGAUCUGCUUCAGAAGAUGCUUAUUCUUGACACUGAUAAGAGGAUAACUGCAACAGAUGCUCUGAUUCACCCUUACUUUGCUCAGUAUCACGACCCUGAAGAUGAACCAGAAGCUGAACCGUACGACGAAUCAAUAGAGAAUAAGGAGCAGACUAUAGAGGAGUGGAAAGAGCUAGUGUUUGAGGAGGUCAACAGCUUUGAGUUACCACAAUGUACAAUGGAAAGUAUGGAGAUGGAGCACUGAGGUGGACCUCACCAUUAUGUCUGCACUGGGAGAUAACAGGAUGUUUCGGCUUCCUGAAGCUGCUUGGCUCACGGAAGGGCCAGCUUUUUUUAUUGUGUGUGUGUGUAUAUAUACGAGUUCAUUGCACCACAGGCCCGACUUCUCCAUCCGACAUAAAGCAUAAUUUGUUUUCAAUGUUAUUUUGUUUUGUUUUUUGCACGACUGCCUUCUGUAAACAAUUGAUAAACCAAAUGCUGUUUGUGGUUCAGGCCAGAUUUUUCAAUCACGUUUUAAUAUCCUGAAGUGUACAUUACCCACAUUAUAAUAACGGCCAUUGAGUAAAUAAAAAUGGUUCCUACUAAAAUGUUUCUUUUGAGAUAACCAAAUAUUUCAAGAUGUCAAUUAGCAAAAGUACAGUUUAUUUUAUCUGUAAUUUAUGCUUAUUCUGUUUUGGGUACUUAAAAUAUAGAAUGAUGAUCAAAGUGCUGGCAGAAAUUGUUCAGAAUAAAAUUACUAAUUUUA